CGCCGGAAUUUUGCGCGAGUAACAAAAGACUCGCGUGGGCCGCCGGCGAAGGAUCGCUAGGCCCUUACGUUCGUGGUAACUUUUUAUUACUGCAUACGUUAUUUAAUCGAAAAUCGAGUACUGAGCACCGGAAUCAUGUCGGAGGGUCAAGAGCAGGUAGUCCAGGAGACGCAGCCCAACAAUCUGCUCAUUUUCGGGGCGGCUAUCUCCAAGAGUUUCCAGGACAUCGCCCACUGCGUCAGCGAGGAAGAAUUUUUAAAAAUAUUCACCCUGCUGGAAUCCAAGUCUUCAGUAGUUAAAAAAUUGCAUAAAGUUAUGGAAGAUGAUUUAUUCAAAUCAAUGGAUGAAGAUUUACAGGCAUUAGUUACAGAAGAAUGUAUGGUAGAUGGCAUGAAGAAAGUAGCUAAUUUAAUUGAAGACACAACAGUUCCUCCAAGCGCGACGCUCUGGAGACCUCCAGGUGAUGUAAAGCUUCAUCUACGAUCACUUGAUGCAGAAAAAAUGUUGAAACAAUGCGAGAAUUUGGAAUCAUAUAUCUGUAAGAUUGAAAAAGAAAAUGAAGCAAUAAAGAAUCAAGUGAAAAAAAGAAGAAAAAGUAUUCAAUCAGUCAGCAAUCAUAUGAAGCAAUUGUUAAAUAUGCCUUUCAAACUAUCAGAACUGGAGAACACUGUAAAGUUUAAUCAAGAGUGUGUGGAAAAACUAUAUGACAAUUCUUGACCAUGACGCGAAUUUGUACAGUAUUUGUGUAAAUAAUUGUAAAGACUGACUACAUUUUAAAUGUUACCGUUUGACAUUAGCUCAUCUUUUAAAUUUCUUUCUUCCUGCAAGCACUUUUUUAAAUCCUUCUGAAGUCUCAGGAAAAUGGCUGCAUUUUUCUUCUAUGAAGAAUUUUAUAAAUAUGUAUAAAUUGUAAACACAAUGUUUGAAUAAAGCAAUAUUAAAUAUGUA